GUUGACUGCAUUUGCGAUUAUCAAUUUUAUUUUGCGUAUUUCUCUAAAUUUUCUGUAUCUCAUUGCUUUAUAACGUUAUCAUGUUCUACCAAUAGAGGGGUUUAGCGAAGGGAUAUUCAGCUGCUCUAUAAAACAUUGCCUUUCGCCAUGUUUUUCGAAGAAGACGAGGAGCGAUUUCUCAAUCCUGAAUUAUUUCAUGCCGUCAGCCGUGAACUUUUUCCAGAUGCUAUUAGUUCGAACCUUGAAGUAACUCCUUAUGGUUUGCGAAGUGUACCCACUCACACUGAAGAUGGGAUCCCUAUCAGGAAGUUGUAUGUGUCCAACCUACCGCCGAAGACAACACGUACAGAGCUUUUUGGGGUGUUUGCCCAGUAUGGCUUUAUCAAGAGCUGCUGGCUGCGAAUGGGUGACAAGGGGCCAAAUAAAACACCCACACCAACAUAUGCGUUUGUUACUUACAGCAAUCCUGCUGAUGCUCAUAAAGCACUCCAAGCACCAAAACAAGAAAAGCAGUUACGAGGGCGUAACCUGAGAAUAUCACCAGCAGACAGCUGGCAUCAACCAGCUGAAGAUGCUAACGGCAGAGUGCGCUGGAAACCAAGAGGCGAGCGCAUAGAUACAGAUACCCUUGGAUCUCACAGCAGUGAUCAGCAAAACCCGCUGGAUGAUGUUGCUGCCAACCCUGAAUCUUGUUCAGAACAUGGAGAAGGAACUAGUUCAGAGACUAGUGAACAAGUUGUUCCAAACCCAGAGGAAGAGCCUGAGGAAGAGGCGAGCUAUACAAUACUGGACAUCCUAAACCGUGACUGUAUGAACCACGUGCUCACGUAUGUGCCAAUAAGAGAUCUCAUCCGCUCAGAACGUGUCAGUAAAAAUUGGCAAAACAUGAUUCAGGAGUAUUUGUCAAGCAUCCGCAUGUUCAAGACAUCGUGGUGGCAGCAUGUGCCGGUAACGUUGACGACAGCGGUGCUGCGGCGCGUGUUGGCGCGGUUGGGCGGUGCACUGCUGCGGCUGCACAUAGACCACCACUGGUCGGCACUCAAUGACCGCACGGCCCAUACCGUCGGCAAGUUCUGCCCGCACCUUGAGGAGCUCAAGGUCGUCGGUAUGCACACGAAAAAUUGGAACCCACUUAUAUAUGGUUGCAAACAGCUCAAGAAUCUCUCGUUCAUAUCUUGCAAUAAGCUUACAGAUUCCAGUCUAGUGCAAUUGGUAAAGAGUGACUCCUGCAUAGAAAGUUUAACAGUUGCAAAUAACACACAUGUAACCGGUCUCUUCUUGACUGGUUCCAAUCCACCCAAGCUCACCUCACUUGCGUUCUUCAACUGCUACAGCCUACAAGGCACUGUAUUAAGUGCAGCCAUUGAUACCAUACCUACUCUGACUACACUUAAAUUGGAUGUAUGCCCUGUGUCAAUGUGGAAGAUUGUUCCUACUAUAUUGAACAAGCUACCAAAAUUAGAAGAGCUUUCCCUAAGUGAAUAUACAUCUGUGGAAUUGUGUUUGAUGCCUCAAGGCAACGAAGCCUUUUGUAGUGCGCUAUCGAAGCUAUCGGAAUUAAGAACGUUGAAUCUGAGCAGAAACAUCUAUAUAACAAAUGCCGUGCUCAAGCAGGUCGCCCAAUCAUGUCCAAAACUGCAGAUGUUGAAUGUGUCCAGUUGCAACUCUAGGAAGCACUUCCCCCACGCGGGCGUGGGCGACGACGGCGUCCUGGCGGUGUGCCGCAGCUGCGCGGACCUGUCGCGGCUGGACGUGUCGUACCUCGCGGCGCUGACGGACGCGGGCGCCGCCGCCGCCGCGCGCUGCCUGCGCCUGCGCUCACUAACGGCCAGAGGCAACGCCGCGCUGUCCGCGGCGCCGUUCACGCAGGUGCUGCACGCAUGCCACCAGUUACAGGAGAUCGACGUGUGCGGCUGCGAUUGCGUGUCGGAGGAGGUGGUGGUGCAGGCGGCGAUAGUGCUGGAAAAGCGCCCGCGCCCCCUCACCCUGCAUCUCGCCGCCACUAACGCCGCCCACGCAGACGAGCUGGAGUUUCCUACGCACAAGUUGCUAACAGUGGACACGCGCGAUGAUCGCAGCAACCCUCACCUGCGGCCGGAUUUUGUUGACCGCAUCUUCGACGACAGUUCCGAGGACUCUUUGGACGAUCUCUAUGAUCGCGAUGACUUUGACGAAUUCCUCGGGCCAGACGACGAGUUAUACCUAGACGAUGAAUUUGAUGAUUACGAGGGAAUGUACGCCUACGGCCUCCACGGACCCGAUAUCAUCCUACUAUAGUUACUACUCACGCUUUACGGAACCUCAUCGCCACGCCAAUCCAAACUCCGGGUAGAAUGUACUUAACAACUACCUUACUCCUCAUUGUACUUACGUAUUUUUAGAAGUGAUUAAUUUGUUCAUUAUAUUCAUCUUUCUUUUAAAAGAUGAAUUGGUUAUAUUUAUUUUUGUAUUGAAUCAUGCAUGUUUUUUAGAGUUAACAAUGCAAAUGGAGGAGAGGAGAUGGUUCAUUGUUAUUUUUUGUUUGUUUAGUUCGUAGUCUGUUGUAAGUCUCAUUUAAAAAAUUUUCGUUCUUUCACAUUUUUUGUUGUCUGUUAUUAUUAUAAAAAUGAAACGCUGUAUGAUUGUACUUAGCUGUGAUGGAGUAUAAUACUGUAACUAACUAUUUUUACUGUCUUCUAUUCUUGUUUUCCUCAUAAUUGUGUAAAAUAUACUGAAUAUUACCCUGUAAUUCUAAGCUAAGUCUGAAACUUAUAUGUGAUAAAAUUGAAUUGUUCAUGUACCUAUUAAUUUUCUGUAAACAAGUGUUGAUUUGUAUAAAAUAUUAUAAAUUUAUAGAUAGAACAAUACUGCCUGCUUUCAUACGCUGUUUCCAUUAUUGUUGCCAUUAGCCAUAGCCUGUUGUGAAGAUUAGUUAUGACGCUCUGUUGAUCAACCGACAGAUCAUCGCGUCACUCCCAGUUCUGUGAUAUGUGAUUUAUUGAUUACAGAUUCUAAUAAACUAGGAAAUUAUAUUCAAAAGGUAGUGAAAGGUUUGCUUCAAUUCCAUAAGGCAAAGUAAACAAUGCACUUUGAGAAUGGUGUCAAUGACUUAACUAGGCUACAUACUUAGAUGUAACAGUACUCAUAUUCAGCGGCCAUUAAUACCAAAAGAAAGCAAACAUUUUAUUAGUUUAUUUCCAAAUGUUCCAGUAACUGCAUAAUAUUUAUUAGCAUUUGUUUUACAAGUCAUUUUCGCAUCAGUCAUCAAUAAUGUAAUCCACAUCAAUGGUUGAUUGAAACUUUGUAUGAAAUUUUUUUAUAUAUAAAUAACGUUUUAUUUGCUGAAUGCUAUCAUUUGUUUUAGUUCAGUUCAUUCAUAGUUAUGUGGUAAUAAGAAAAUUUUCUAUAUCCACAUUCAUUUUGACGAGAAGUUUUUCAGUUUAGAACCAUUUUUCAGGUUUUUUUAUUACAUUAAUGUAACUUUAUUAUAUUUAUCCUUUUUAAGAACAUAAUGCAUUAUAAUCAAAGUGGUGGUUU